CAGAUACAUCUUAAACCACCGAAUGAGCGCUUCUAAUAAACAUAUUUUCUCUUCAUUGACGCAAUUUUGUUCUGUGUGAGGAGUUUUUGUGAAGAUGUGGGCGAAUCAAAACCAGAAACCAAACGCAGGCUGUCUCUCCGUGCCUCUGUUUAAUCAAAGGAAGAGGACCAGGCUGCCUUUGACAUCUAAUCCCUCUGACAGUGAGCUCUUCACUGCCAACCACUACAAUGAGAGACAAUCCUCCUCCUCCUCCUCCUCCUCUGCUCUUCCCAGUCAGAGUGGUCAAUGGAACCAGCCAGCCUAUCUUUCACCUCAGCAAGCCAGCAUGAGAUCAGCUGCUUCACCUGGUGUGGCAGGACGAGGAUAUUCACCUUUACCUCACCCAAAAAAACCUGUCUAUGCCCGGCCUCCAGUGAGACAGGAUUCAUUGCCAGCAUUUGGAUCCCAGCUUCAUGGUGGCUUUCCCAGCAGCAGCUCAGCGUCGUUGGGCCAGCCCACAUGGUCCAGCGGCGUUCAGAAUCAACAGUCGUUUAAUAGACUAGCAAAUUCUCCCAGAAUGCCGUACCGUCCCCAACAGUGUACACCCACAGGAGGAAGCACUCAGAGCCCUGGAGCUCAGAGUCAGAGCGGGAAGUGGAAGUUCAGACCUGUUGGACAGUCAACCAGUGAAAUGUGGGCAAAAGAAAAGAUGGACAGCUCAAGUGUCCAAACCACCCCUCAGAAGCAGAAGCCCCCUCGUGAGGUAUCGCUGCGUCUUAUUUCUUCUGUUAUUGAAGGAAUGAAGCACUGGAGCCAGUAUAAGGACAGAGUACCAAUGCUGUUUGAGAUCUUUGCCACACUGGACUCUGCAGUUACAGUUGGGGAACAUGGAACCAAGAAAUUCCUCAUGAGGGAUGGGAAAGAGGUCGUCCAGUGCCUUUACUAUGAAGUUGAUCAGAUUCUGCCCAGACUGAUCAGAGGUCAGGUGCAUCGCUGCGUCGGAAACUACGACAGGAAAAAGGACACAAUGACUUGUGUGUCAGUUCGAGCUGCUUCACUGUCAGAGCAAAGGAAUGCGCAGGAGGCUGUGAGAGCGUCAGAUGCAGCGAUGAGGGCUGUGGUGCUGGCUCUCAGUGAAAUCUGAUGGGGAUCGAGUGAGUAACAUAAGCACAGACUUUUACUGAAGUUAGGGUUGGUUCUGUUUUGUGAAUUAGUUCAAUAAGAGAUGAUCUUCAAAUAUUGAAGAUAAAACAGGAUCACAGUAAAUCUGUGAUCUGUCUUGGAAGAUUUUGAUUCUGUAUGCGAUGAAUGAAUGUUACUUUGCAUUGUUCUGAGCUAUGAUUUAGAUGCAUUUAUGAUAUUUGAGUUAUUGAGAAAACAUUUUGUUCUAAUUUUUGCUUAUAUAAUCUCGAAUUAUUAUAAUUGAGAAGCAUUUCGAAUAUUUUAGUUCUAA